AUGGCUGACAUUUUUAUUGUUCAUCAGUUUGAAAAUUUGUUAAGGCUGCGUUCGGACUCGGAAUGCCACAUUUUGAUGGGAUUUCUGAGCCACAUUCUGAAGCACGUGAGGGUCUGUGUGACAGCUAAGGGCCUGGGCCAGGACACCCCGCCAGUUUGGGGCGGACAACGCCAAACGACGCCGAAGGUGUUUUGGCGACAUUUCGUGCGACGUGGCAGAAGACCGGAGAAUUCCGGAGCACAUGACAAGCCUCAGGCGUCACAGAUUGUCACCCUUCCACGGGACCUGCAAAGCAUGCCAAAACACUGCAUCAAAAUGUGGCAUUCUGAGUCCGAACGCAGCCUAAUCAAUGUUUUUGGAAUGCACAACAGCUUUAUUAUUCUAAAUCUGUCGACAAUUAUGGAGGUACCUUUGCCUAGAUCAAACAUUGGACCCUGUCUCAAGUCAUCGUUAAAAGAAUCCUCGUAG